AUGCAUCUCUCUCAGAUUGUGCUGUAUCUUGGCUUGCUGAUUGCUUUGGGUCCAGUAGUUUUGAGUGACCAAGAGACGCACCAGCAGCCCUCCGCUACCAGCCCAGAAGACACGGAGCAGUGCGCAACCUGCGAGGUCCGGCAGCAGAUCAAAACCAUGCGAUUAAACGCGAUUAAAUCUCAGAUUUUGAGUAAACUGCGGAUGAAAGAAGCUCCUAAUAUCAGCCGAGAUAUAGUGAAGCAGCUCCUGCCCAAAGCGCCACCGCUGCAGCAGCUUCUCGACCAGUACGACGUGCUGGGAGAUGACAACAAGGAUGUGGUUAUGGAGGAGGACGAUGAGCAUGCUACCACAGAGACGAUAAUGAUGAUGGCCACUGAACCCGAGUCCGUCGUCCAAGCGGAUGGGGAACCAAAGUGCUGCCUUUUCUCUUUCACUCAAAAGUUUCAAGCAAAUCGAAUAGUCCGAGCUCAGCUCUGGGUGCAUCUGCGACCGGCGGACGAGGCGACCACUGUGUUCCUGCAAAUCUCCCGCCUGAUGCCGGUCACAGACGGGAGCAGGCACAUACGCAUCCGCUCCCUUAAGAUCGACGUGACUGCCGGGGUCAGCUCUUGGCAAAGUAUAGACGUCAAACAAGUGUUGACUGUGUGGCUGCGGCAGCCGGAGACCAACUGGGGCAUCGAGAUUAACGCCUUCGAUUCAAGGGGAAAUGACUUGGCCGUGACCUCCGCAGAGCCUGGAGAGGACGGACUGCAACCAUUCAUGGAGGUGAAGAUCUCAGAGGGCCCCAGGCGUGUCAGGAGAGACUCAGGCCUGGACUGUGACGAGAACUCUCCAGAGUCCCGGUGCUGCCGCUAUCCGCUCACAGUGGACUUUGAAGACUUUGGCUGGGACUGGAUUAUUGCCCCAAAGCGCUACAAGGCCAACUAUUGCUCCGGGGAGUGUGAGUACAUGCACUUGCAGAAGUACCCGCACACCCACCUGGUGAACAAAGCCAAUCCCAGAGGGACCGCAGGCCCCUGCUGCACCCCCACCAAGAUGUCACCCAUCAACAUGCUCUACUUUAACCGAAAAGAGCAGAUCAUCUAUGGCAAGAUCCCCUCCAUGGUGGUGGACCGUUGUGGAUGCUCUUGAGUUGGGAUGGAGAUCCUGGUGAGAGGGAGGGGAGGACGGAGGGGCUGUGGCUUCGUCCGGCCUCCAACUUCAGACUUUUUGACACAACCAAUCCACCAGUUCCGAUGCUUUCCUGCAGAACACGGUGCAACAGAACCAGAGUAGAGGCCACAAACAGCCCGAUCUUCUCGCAGGGCAGCGCUUUCACAACCGGCAUAGCUUUCUUUUCUUUCCUCCAGUGAAAUCUUAGCCAUAGAGGCUUGAAGUAAGCUGGAUGCAGAAAUAAACACAUCCACACACAUGCUGGACCUUGAAGUGACUGUAGACAGAAGUGAUCAAAGUUAUCCAAAAACUUUUUUUUCCUGUCUCUGUGUUCUUUGCUGUCCAUUUAUAAACAUGUGCCGACAGAUUAUACUCGUACGCCAUCUACUCCACUCCACUCGUAGCCAACAUACAAGCUAUUACACUUUUUGCUAAGCUAUGUGUUUGUGAUAAUCAUUUUUCAAGUUAUGUUUUCAGAGUGAAACCAGGAAUCCUCAUGGACUUUUUGAAAGGGCUUGGAAAAACACAGCCGGAGACUAUUUAGAGUCAUAUUUCACACUGGUAGAA